CCGGUCAGUGCCUGAGCACUUAACCUUCCAGAUUGCAGUCGGCUUCACACCGCGACUUCUUGUCUGUUACAAUUGGAAGCUUCGCAGUGAAAUAGCAUCAAAUGUCAUUUAAGGUGGCAAUUAUUGGCGCAGGCCCUGGUGGCCUAGUCGCCCUCAAGACCUUGCUCGAGUCCUCAACACCAGAACGGCGGAUCGAAGCUUGCCUAUUUGAAGCCGAGGCUGAUAUUGGAGGCACGUUCAAUUAUCGGUCUUAUCAAAACGCAGAACUGGUCAGCAGCAAGCAAUUGACCACCUUUUCGGACCACCGCUUGCCGCUUGAUAGUCCAGAUCAUUUAUCGCUUCCUGAAUAUGUGGACUACCUCCGAUCUUAUAUUGCCAAGUUCAAUCUGGACGCCCAUAUCAAGCUCAACAGCCCCGUCGUCCAUGUGGAGAGACUACCAGAUGGCUCAGAGUGGAAACAUCGGGUUAGAUAUCUGGAUGGGACAGACGCAGAGGAGAAGAAGGAGAGAUCUUACGACUGUUCUCACAUCGCAGUAUGCACGGGACUACAUGUCGAGCCUAAUAUUCCAACUAUACCGGGAAUUGAACAUAUCACGGGGGAUGUAUUUCAUUCAUCGCUCUAUAAGGAUCGAUCCCAGGUGGCAGGCCGCAAUGUCCUAGUCUUGGGAUGUGGUGAAACAGCUAUGGACAUUGCCUAUGAAUCUAUCAAAGCCAACGCUCAAUCAGUCACCAUGUGCUUCCGAACUGGAUUCCUCUCCUUCCCCAAGUCACUCAGUCGCUUUCAGGUCUUUGGCAAGACCUUCAGUGGAGGUCUUCCUAUCGACGGUCUCAUCACCAAUCUAUUCGAGACCACAUACGUACAUCGCGCAGUUGCCCACAGCAGAUUACGCUGGUUCGUUUCCGACUUGGUCGCCAAGCGAGUACUGUGGUUCCUAACAGGAACACAGGCUGGCAUGAACCAGCACGUCGGUGGUCUACCACAGGAACGACUGGGUCGAGCAUUCGUGUUCCUCAACAAGAGUAACAAGGCUAUGCCGUACCUGAACCGGCCCUAUCAAACACGCAAUUCAUUUUUGGCUUGUAUUGGGAAUCGUUACAUUGACCCACCGGAAGAUGCAAACUCCGACCGAAUCGUCGAUACAUGUACUUGGCCCGAGUAUAUCGAUGAAUCAGGCCAAGUCCAUUUCCAGGCUGAUCCCAACCGGAAGGACUGGCAGCGCUUAAAAAAUAGGGUUAUAAAGCCUGACUGUGUGGUUUACUGUAGCGGGUACAAGCAAACAUUCCCAUACCUGGACAGCACAUAUCCCACUGCAUCAGACGCCCAUAUUCGAAAUAUAAUCCAUCCAUCCCACCAGGAUAUCGCGUUCAUCGGGUUCGUCCGCCCCGGCGUCGGAGCUAUCCCCCCAAUCGCCGAGCAACAAGCCAUGUGGUGGACAGCUCUGAUUACCGGGAAAAUGGCAUUGCCAACAGACCCUCCACACUAUCACCUCCUAGCCGCCAAGACAUCGCGCAUCCAAUAUGGUGUCGACCACGGCGCAUACAUGAGCACUUUGGCGCGAGACUUUGGCGGCGCACCGGGACUGAUGGAGUUGUAUCGUGAACAUGGACUGCGUAUUUUGUUGAUCUAUUGCUUCGGCGCAUCUUUUGUCACAUUCUAUCGGUUAGUCGGUCCCUUCAAGUCACCCGUUGCACCGGAGAUUGCGCGAACGGAGCUGGCGGAGACGAUCCUUCGACGAGGUAUCAUUGGGAAUAUCUCUUUUGGAGUUAUUCCCAUGCUCUUUUAUGGGGUUGUUAAUGCCCUGGCCUUGGUACUAGAUAGAUUUGGGUUGAUUCCUGCCGAAGGGAGGAUGAUGGAUAGCUGAGCACAGAUACAGAAGUCAGUUAGAAUGAAUGCACUUAGUCAGA